GCCAGGCUGGGUUGCUGCAGCCUGUGUGCCCUGAGCCAAGGUUCUACAGUGUCUCUUUCCAGUCCCCAAGCACGGAUUCCCUGGCUGUCCCAGGGACAAUGCGGCAUUAACACAACGGGGGAUCAGUCUCUGCGCAAAAAGUUCCAAUAUGAGGAAGAAGAGGCUCACAACUGAGCCUCCAGAUAUAACAGAAGAUGCAUUUGAAGAUUAUUUAGCGACAGAUGAUAUGCUUGUGAACUACUUUAAUGAAUUCUUGAGUCUUCCAACCUUUGCAGAGCCAGUUAAGUUUAACCCUGAUUUUGACGUUUUUGAAGUAGUUAAUGAUACCCCACAAUGUCUGGAAAACCAGCUGAAAAAAAUUCUUCAUGAUCAGAAACCUCCCAGUCCCAUUUAUGAUGUUACAAGGAAGGCAAAGAACGAUGGGCAGCUUUCCAAAAAGAGCAGCAUUUUUCCAGUCUUCAGUGUUGACCCAAAUUACAGUAUUAUGUGUCUUGAGCGAGAACAGGGAAUUCAGUGGAUUAAGCAAGAAAGACUCCCAGCCUUUCUAAAAAGUGAUUGUUACUUUGAAUACAGGUUAGCUAAACUGCUUUCUCAGGUAGAAUGGAGCCAAACUGGUAUUAACUUCAUUAUAGAUACAACAUAUUAUCCCUGGAUUAUGAAAAGAGAGCUGACACCUCCUUUUCCUGAGGAGGGUGAAGAGGAAUUAAUUAUGAGAAAGUUCUAUGUUUCACUUGGCCAGGCUACAGUUACUCAGACAAAGGAUUGGUUUACACUAGCCAAAAAAAGUCAGCAAACAACAACUACAGAUACAGUUACUCAUCCUUUAGUUUCCACUCAAAUUCAAGGCACACGGUAUUGGUCUACAGGCCCUCAGAGAACUGUUGCAUACAACCACAGUGUCAGUCCAGAUUCCAUUCCUUUUCAAGGCACAUGUAAUUUUUCUGCUCAGUCUUACACAGCUGAUUUAUACAACAGUAGCAGCAGUAAUCUAGGAGUGGAUUCCCUGGCUAUGGAAUACAGUCAAAGGAGUCUCCCCCUCCUACAGAGGACAGGAACUUCAAAAACUAGCAAUGUUAGUGGGAGAUCCAAAAGUACAGAGCUUUACACUUCUGUAUCCAUUGCUGACACUCCUUCCCAUACUAUGUUAAGAGUAUAUCUAGACCAGAAAUGGGAGAAUGGUGCUGAGGAGAAAGAAAAUCUGGAAUUCGAUGGUAGACCGGAAAUGCCAGCUUUUCAAACAUUAGAAGAGUUUACAUCAGCUUAUAUUCAGUAUAUAGUGAGUGAAUCAAUCUCAAAACUGAUGGGACAACCGGCUGCUAAGAGCAAGACUGAUAUGAACUUCAGUAAACUGUCCGAUGUAUUUAUACAUGAGUUAUCAAAUAAUCAACUUUCUGCUACUGCUGCAGAGCCACUUACUUCCCAAAGUGUCUCUCCAUCCAACAAGUUAGACUCCAAAGCACAUUGCAUAAAACAGGAGACUGAAGAAGUGAGUUCAAGUUCAAGGUCUGAAAGUGAUGUCACAGACAGUCGGGCUGCCUGGUGUACCAGUUACAGAGCUUAUGAUAUUGGCAACAGAAAUGAAUUUGAAAGAUUCAAGAAGUUCAUAAAAGGAACUUUGGGUGAAAGGUACUGGUGGCUCUGGAUGGACAUUGAAAGAUUAAAGGUCCUUAAGGACACUAGAAGGCAGCAAAGACAGCUUGAUAAAAUGAAAAAACUCUAUCUCGUGAGCAGUGGAGAUUAUUUUCUCAACUCAGAAGUCUUAUUCAAACUGGACCUGCUACUUGGAGACCAGUGGAAUACAAGACACUUAAAAUGGAUUCAGCCUGAAGUAGUGAAACCUUUACUUCUUUACUGGGGUCCCAGAUUUUGUGUCACUCAUACAGCUGCAAUACGAACUGCCAGUGCAAAGUUGAAACAGUGGCACACCUCUCACGAGAGACCAAGGACAGAUAUUGAUCCUUACCCACAAAUGGUGACGUUGUUGCCACUGCGAGCUAAAUCUUGUAUUCCAAGGUUAGCACCUUCCCAUCCUCAGAGAAAUGAAACCAGCUCACCCACAACCUUAUUAAAAACAAAUGUGAUGAAUUUAUCUUCUAAAAGAGCUUCCAGAUUAUUGUCAGCUACCCUGCCAGCAAGUGAAACCAUCAUAAGGGAUGAUUUCUACAGUGUAACCAAUAAACCUGAUGUUAGUAGAAACAGGCCAAAAUCAGUGGGAAGCAACAUGACUCGUCUCUCAGCUGUUACUGAUGAUACAAAAUGCCUGAAGUCCCAGACAGAUAGAAAAUACACCUAUGCUGAGUUGCUCCCAGGUAAAAGUCCUACAGAGAGUGUUGUCCUAGGGGGUUCUAAAAUGGAAUGCAUGUUGCAGUCUCUUUAUGUGGAGAACAGAGCAGGCUACUUCUUCACAUGCUUCUGUGAGAAGUCAGGGAAUGAGCUGUGGAAGAACAGUGCGUACUUUUGGUUUGACCUACAGGCUUAUCAUCAACUUUUCUACCAAGAAACCCUUCAGCCUUUUAAACUAUGCAAGCAAGCUCAAUUCCUUUAUGCCACUUACAUUGCUCCUUCUGCCAGCAUGGAUAUUGGACUGCAACAGGAUAAGAAAAAUGAGAUUUAUCAGAAAAUUGAGCCACCUUAUGAGGAUCUUUUUGACCCAGCAGAAGAAUAUAUCCUCACCCUUCUGCUGGUACCAUGGAUGAAAAUGGUGGAAGUAGACAAAUGCAUUUAUGGAAAGGUGGAGCUGGUGGAAGAAAGUCGACAGCUGGACUCAGUGUACUUUAGAAAGCUACAGUCUUUGCAUCAAGAGAGUGUUUCCAAGAAGGAUGAGAGUGUUGCUCCUGAAGUCAGUCCCCUACCUCAGCCUGAUGUUCUCCGAGAAGGACAGGUCUUAAGUGAAGUCCCUGAGGAAUACAGAGAUUGUAGCCUUCAUGACCUGAUCCACAACGGACUGGAGUUAGAACAGUUCCGACUCUUUCUUGAAGAGCAUUCAGCAGUCAUGGAUCUCAUGUGUUGGACAGAUAUUGAACAAUUCAGAAGGAUGCUCCACAAGGAAAAAGAAAAAAGAGAGGAAAAAUCUAAAGAUAUUAAAAACAAGUACCUAAAUAAAAAAUACUUCUUUGGACCCAAUAGUCCAGCUACAAAAGAACAACAAGACCAGCUAAUGCAGUCAGGUGGAGGCUGGGGACGCAUACUUCAUGAUCGACUUUCCGCAGCAGUUCUGCUAGAAAUUCAAAAAUACGUCCAGAUGAGGCUAGAAAAAAAGUGGCUGCCACUGUUCCUGGCAAAAGAACAAUCUGGGGCACGUAGAAAAACAAAGCCACAGAUAAGGGACAUAGCUGAAGAUCUCCUAAUCCAGAGAAAUGAGAAGAAGAUUGGGUCCUGGAAGGCAAGUAAACAUGUGGACAAUAAGUGGGUUUCUUCAUCUAGAGAAAUAAUCAUGUUCCGUAAAGCGCUGCUGAAUCCAAUAACAGCAUUACAAUUUCAGCGCUUUGUGUCUUUGAAAGGAGAUUUACUGGAGAAUGGAGUGCUCUUCUGGCAAGAGGUUCAGAAAUAUAAGGAUUUGUGCCAUUCUCACUGUGAUGAUGCCACUAUCCAGAAUAAGAUCACAGCUAUCAUCAACUGCUUUAUUAAUUCCACCAUCCCACCAGCUCUGCAAAUUGACAUCCCACCGGAGCAAGCUCAGAAGAUUAUAGAGCACAGGAGAGAACUAGGGCCAUAUGUAUUUAGAGAGGCACAGAUGACUAUUUUUGCUCUUCUGUUUAAAUUUUGGCCAAAAUUUUGUGAAUUUAGAAGCAAUUUGGCAGAUGAGAAAAUUUUGCCUACUUUGGAGCGAAAAAAGGAAAAGAAGAGACAAAAAGUGAAAAGAAAAACAACAGAGGAAAGACUUGCACUCGUAAAGCAAGUGAAAAAAGUUGUCAGCUUAUCAGACAGUAUUUCUGCAGAUCAGAACAGUGUGGGUAGAGGAAGACCUUCAUCUGUAACUGGAUAUGGACGACAGGUUUCCUGGUCUUAUUCCAAGUACAUAGAAGCCCUCGAGCAGGAGAGAGUACUCCUUAAAAUACAAGAAGAUCUGGAGAAAAGGACAUCAUUAUUUUCUACAGGUAUCUCAUCCAUGACCUAUUUGAAGCCUGACUUCACUGCAAAUCCAGAGAAAUCCAUCACUUCAUCAAACACUAGUCUGAUUUGGGAGAAACAGUCCAAUCUUCCCAAAGACGUGGGAAGAGGAUUUAAAACCUAAGUGAAGAACAGAACGCAGAGAUAAUGAAUUAUGGCGGCCUUGGGACGAGCUAGCAGUCAAAAUAAAUAAUGUGUGGUUUGGUUUGCGCUCAUCUUUUCAGAGCACAGAUAAUCAGUUUGGAUAUUAUAAGAGCCAACAGACGCUAGAAUCAAUAUAACAAAGGAAAGCCCUCCAACAUACUCAGUGGCAAUAUAUUGUUCUUAUUUACGCUGGUUGGUGCCUAGAAGCUGCAAUCAGGAUUAGGUCCAAUCACACAUAUAAACACACAGGUAGAUGUGGUUCCUGCCCCAAAGAUCUUACAACUGGAUUCAGCUUCUUCAGUGCCUGAGCUAGUGAAUAAGUGCUACACCAUCUUAAAUACAGCACAAUGCAUUUGCUAAAGGAUCCCUCUGCCUUUGAUUCUAUAAUUGUCAAGCAGGGUGGCUUUGUGCACUAUGACCCUGAUUCUGCCUUUACAUACUCGCAUGCAACUCGCAUUCCAUUACUGACAAUGAUUCAUGAGAUUGCAGAGCUGUCAAAACCAAACCCUAGCCCUGUUGUUCAGUCAAUAUGAUUCCAAGCCACAAGGUUAGUGGCUUCUGCUGUACAUGGGCAUAACCCAGGUAUGGGAACGGAAAUUCAUUGAGUUUCAGUUUGUGGCGGUUCCUAGGAAUUAUACCAAUUACAGGAUGGGGUUUUUCUCUCUCUACACCCAGUAGAAGAAGGCAAGGAUACAUGUGAAUCUGAGGGACCUGCCAGAGACCAGGCUAUCCACUGUAACUCCAGUGUAGCCCCCUACCAAGAACAUCCUUGCCCUCUGCUGUUCCUAGAGCCCCUCCCCAUAAAGGAUUCAUUCCACAGCACAGAGUGGUAGGCUGUGGGAAAUUAAUGCAGCAUAUGGGCUGUGGGGGGAAUUUGGAAGAGUCCAGCCAGCCCCUUUUUCUUAAGCUCAGGGAGCUGGAACCAUAUGGAGCUUUUAUGGAAGGGUUUCUGCAGAGUUGAGGGCAAAGAUGGAACAACCUCACUUUCGUAGGUUCAGGCCCGCCCAUCGCAUAUACACAGAACUUCCUAAAGUUCAGAUAGACUUUUGGUUCUAUUAUUUCUGCAUUGUAUGCCUGAACAGCACACAUUGCAACUGUUUGCAGCUAGCAGAGCACAUGCAGUGGCAUGUGGCCGGCCUCUCAUUAAAGGGAAAGGCAAAAGAGAGUUGUGCCAUGCCACCAAGGCAGUGGCAUGUCUUAGUCUAAAAGUCAGUGAGUGACUCUACCUGUAUUCUGGGAAGUGUGUGGCAUGGUAUGAAAUGCUGCAGACUGAUGGUCUGUUUCUGAUUUGUUGUAUUCUCGCCUGCAUGGUAUUUUGAAACAGUUAAAUAGCAUGAAGACAAUGUUUAUCUUUCAUUAGUAGCUUUUUACUUGAGUCAUACUUGGAUUACUUAUUAAAUGAAGCCUAUUAUCCAGAUAUAUGUCACAGAUGAUAACACUCCACAUGAAUGUAUUUCAGCCUUGCAAUAUUGUCACGAACAUUUACCAGCCCACGCACAAAAACUACUCUCCCACCCAUUACCAUGACAAUGAUGAUGAAAAAAUUACCUUACUUGCCUAUUUAAAAAAAAUACUUCUCUCAGUCAGGGAUUAGAAUUUUGCAAGGCUGGUACAAUCCAUUCAUUGCUUUAUGAACCCAAAGGUCCCCCAGAGAGCAUCACACAGCAAUCACUCUAUAUCUAACCUAUCAGUCAUCCUCAAAAGAAACUUGCAUGACACUUUCAAAUGAUGAGCCUGGGAGUUUAAAUUCAUAAUUCUGCUAGACACUAAAAUCAUGGCUGGAACAGAGACACUGGAUUUAUGGCUUAUUACAACAAUCUUUAACCACUAACCCCCUCUUUUUGUCCUAUGACUCAGAGGAGUUAAUGGGUCACUCUACCUUUAAUGGUCGCUUACAAUAUGCACUAACUCUUUAUGCUAAAUAAUCUGUUCCACCUUGCAUUUAGCUGGGACAUUUGGAGUACCUUUCCCAGACCUGAAGAAGAGCUUUGUGUGGCUCAAAAGUGUGUCUCUCUCACCAACAGAAGUUGGUCCUAUAAAAGAUAUUACCUCGCCCACCUUGUCUCUCUGAUGUUCUUUAGUCCAUUUCACAUUUGAAUUUCUAUGUUAUAUAAAAAAAUCACAUGUAGCCAGUAUCCCGUUGAGUAUGCAUCUGAUGAUGGUCAUGUGUUAUUAAAACCACCAAAUAUAAGGAAUAUAUCAUCAUUUUUAUACAUCUGUUUUAGACAGAAAGUGGCUGGGUUGGGUGUAAAUUUGGGGGAAUGGGUGUCUGAGUGGACAGAGCUAAGUGAUAGAGCUCCUUUCAGCUCCAGGUUACUGGAUCUAAUCUUAUCCAAUAGUGACUGAAAUUUACCACCUAAUGGCUGUUUGGUGAUGUAUCUGAAAAGCACUGUUAGCUUUAGUCCAUCACCUAGUGUCAGAUAAUGGUAAUUACCAGUCUCAGCAGAGAGGCUGAGGAUUAAAUAGAUAUGGAGAUUAAAUUAUUUUCUGACCCAAGAAAUGGGAUUACUCUAGAUCACUACAAAUGGGAAUGUCAGCACUGCCUUUGGCUUUCCCUGUUCUAUGGAAAAGAAGUACUUGUGGCACCUUAGAGACUAACCAAUUUAUUUGAGCAUGAGCUUUCGUGAGCUACAGCUCACUUCAUCGAUAGCUCAUGCUCAAAUAAAUUGGUUAGUCUCUAAGGUGCCACAAGUCCUCCUUUUCUUUUUGCGAAUACAGACUAACACGGCUGUUCCUCUGAAACCUGUUCUAUGGAUAAAUCAGCGCUAGGGCUGUUGAUCCAGCACUUUUCUUUAGCACUCAAUGCAGUAAAUAUUUUUUUUAAGAAGUAAAAAAGUUACAUUGUGUAUGUCUAAGAUCCCUCCCUUUUGUCAAACCACACUUCAUUUCCAUUAGCUUCAACCAUGGGUACCUUGGCUUUUAUCAAAUGUGCCUUUUAGAAAACUGUAGGGUUCUAGCAGAACAACAGUUUUGUAUGGAGUUUGUUGCUACAGCUUGAGGCAAAAACUCCUGUUAUUUGGCAAUAUGCAAUAUCAGAAACCAUUCCAAUCUGAUUGGUGAUUUAUCUGCUCUAGCGGUGGUGAAAACACAGAGUCUAAUUAUACUUAUUUGAACAUAUACUUUUCUCAUUUAGUGCCAUGGGAUACAAUAUAUUUAGGCUUAGCAGAAUUUGGUUUUUAUUUUUUUAUCAUUUUGAAGGAUAAUAUCAUUAAGCCUUUUUUCCAAUGUUUAUCAGCUGAAAUUUUCACAGCUGUGGCAAAUUUUGGGGUGGGUGGGUCAGGCAAUUAUUAUUUAAUGGCAGUAGACACAGAUUCAAAAACUUCAAGCUUCAGAGCUGUUAAAACACAAAUUGUAAACAUCACAGCUCAAAAUAUUCAAAGUAAAUAUCCUUAAAUCAAACUCUAAUAAACUCUCAAGCAGCUCUUUUCUGUGUCUCUCUGUAAAUUUCAAUUAUUAUUGAUGGAAAUAUGUUUUCAUACAUUUGUACAUGUAAUUGAUGUUCACUGACAUUUACCAAUAAAAAAUUAAUC